GACGGAACCAUGGACAUACGCUGUUAUGUGUACUAGCUGAUGGACGCCCAGCUGAACAUCCUUGGCGGGCGAUUCCACUCCGUGGAGUAUUAGUGACCGCAACUCGUAUUUGUUUCCCUGAGAACAAAUACGAGUUAAUAUGGAAGAAAACAAGAGCUGCCCAAAUUAUAAAAAAGUGUUGGCCUUGGAUGCAUUUAGGGUGUUGAAAAAUGGCCAAACAACAAAAAGUUGUAUCAAAUGCCUGGAUAAAAAGAACCAGCGGCGUGCCAAAAACAAAUGCCCCCAUCAAAGAGAGAGGGCAUAUUGCAAGAAUUGCGGGGGAAGUCAAAUAUUCCCCCAUCAAAAAGUGAGGUCCUAUUGCAUAGAAUGAAAGGGCAGUCAGAUUUGAGAGCAUGGGAGACAGAGGGGUCACUGCAAGGACUGUGGGGGAAGUAAGAUAUGCCCCCAUCAAAGAGAGAGGGCAUAUUGCAAGGAUUGCGGGGCAAGUCAAAUAUGCCCCCAUCAAAGGGUGAGAUCCAUCGUAAAGAAAGUAAAGGUAGUCAAAUCUGUCAGCAUGAAAGGAGGAGAGCUCGCUGCAAAGAAUGCAAGGGAAGUCACAUAUUCACCCAUGGGAAAUUGAAGUAUCGCUGCAAAGAAUGUGGGGGAAGUCAAAUCUGCCCCCAUCAAAGGCAGAGGGCCUAUUGCAAAGAAUGCAAGGGCAGUCAAAUUUGCCCUCAUGAGAAACGGAGGGAUCGGUGUAAGGAAUGCAAGAAGAGCGAACGGAAUAAAUACGGUUUCAUUCUGUGGAGUAGACCACAACUCGUGUUUGUCCCUAAGGGCAAAAACGAGUUAAUGUGGAAAGCAAGAGAUGCAAUCAAUGAUACUUUUUAUCUUUAGAAAAUUUCAAGAUCAAGGGAAAUGGUCAACUAACAAAAAUGUGCAUCAAAUGCUUGAAUGUAUCCAAGGCGUCAAAGGAUCUUACCAAAUGCCCGCAUCAAAAAUAUAAGGAUCGGUGCAAGGACUGUAAAGGGAGUCAGAUUUGCAAGCAUCAAAGGUUGAGAUUCCAAUGCAAAAAGUGAAAGGGGAGUCAGAUUUGCAAGCAUAAAAAGGUGAGGGCCUAUUGUAAGGACUGCAAAGGCAGCCAGGUUUGUAAACAUGAAAAGAUUAGAUCCAAGUGUCCAAUUUGCCACCCUUCUGGGCAUCUUGCCCAUGUUGUACGAUGUCGAACCCACAAAGCUCUACGAGGAAACAAAGAGCUCAUUUCCCUGGAGUAUAUCGGGUGCGAUAUGACUACGCUGCGGGUCUAUAUUGAGGCUCAGUUUGUUGAGGGUAUGACCUGGGACAAUUAUGGGGAGUGGCACAUUUAUCACAAAAUCCCGCUCAGGUAUAGAGAAAAUGGCGAUGAUACUUCGGUUGCUGAGGUUGCUGGUAGGCUGCACUACACCAACACUCAACCCAUGUGGGCGAGUGAGAACAUUCCAAAAGGCAAUCGAUUCGUCUCAAAAUAAAGCAUGGCAACUCUCGCGAUAAUGGCAGGGGGGGAGCUUCAAUCAACGCAUUAGCAUUUUCAGGAACCAACUAUCUAUCUAUUUUCUAAACUUUCGGGACACGGAGAAGCGGAAAGGAAAAGGCACGACCAGGCGAUGGAACAACUACAAGCAGCCCAGACUAAAUGGUUACAAGACCGACAGGCAAAGAUUGGUUCGGUAAGCAACGGGAAUUGCAAAUAAAGGCAGGGAAGAGCUUGAGGCAAUUGGAUGACGACAUGUACAGGUAUUAUAUAGCCGCAAACUAAAAGGCCCCUGAAUUGAAAGAUUUUUACACGCCUUCAAAAUAGCAACAGGAUGGGGAAUUGAGCUUCAUUGUUGGCUCCCUAUCCCUGCUAGGCUUCGUAGCAUAUGAGUAUCUGUAAGAACGUUUUUUACAUAAUAAAUAUAUAUAUAAACAAAUAUGUCAAAAGCAUCACAUAUCGUUACUGAAGAGGAGGC